CAUCUGCCUAUAAAAUACCUGCAUGCACGCUAUGACCUUGCAUUGCUCACUGCAACAAGCUCCAUGAUGUUCACUUCACGCUUCACCAUUCUUGCCGUGCUCACCCUCCUCGCUGGUGCCAACGCGGGAUGCGCAACAUGCCAAGAAACGUUGUAUGACCGUGGUGUAGCGGCUUACGAGCUAGUCAGCACCUACGUGAAGUCUGAAAACGGAUUCACGGAGUGCAGCUACGUGGAUAAGGAGGGCGACGAGGUGAACUGCGAGUAUAUGAAUGGUCAAGGAUGGAUGGGUAUGGAUGCUAAGCAGGAUGUGAUGUGGAAUGAGCUCGACGAGAGGAGCAACAUUGGUCUGCAGAAAGUUGGGUAUAUCAGUAGAUUUUGUCUGCGUCAAGAGUUCUCUUCAUACUACGUGUUUUGCCUGGACCAGUUGGUGACAAUCAAUUGCUUCGGGCAUCUUGAGAUAAUGAGUGCUCCUCCAGGCCUGUCAGUCAGCGUCUCAAAUUCAAACUUGGGCGAGUAUGUCCAUUCACUAUUUGAGAGAACGAAUGGUGACAUAAUAGAAACUAAAAGUGACACACACAUGCAUAUCUCUGAGUUCACUCAUGAGGUCCAGGGGAGGUUGAAGCACAUGCGUAGGGCAUAG